AUGGAGGACCCCUGGAGAAACCUCUCUAGUACCCCUGGAGAACCCCCAGGUGGACCACUGGAGGACCACUGGAAGAAAACUGGAGGAUCCUUGGAGGACCACUGGAGGACCACAGGAGAACCCCCUGGAAGACCCCCUGGAGUUCACUUGGAGGAUCCCUGGAGUACAAAUGGAGGACCCCUGCAGGACCACUCGAUCAUCCCUGGAGAACCCAUGGAGGACCACUGGAGGACAACUGGAGGACCACUAGGGUGCCACUGGAGGACCCCUGGAGAACCCCUGGAGGUCCCCUGGAGGACCCUUGGAGGACCCACCCUCCAGUCCCCCUGGAGUUCCCCUGGAGGACCCCCUGGAGGACCCCUGGAGGACCGCUGGAGGACCCCUGAAGGUUGCCUGGAGUACCCCUGGAGGACCCCUGGAAACCCUGGAGGACCCCCUGGAGGACCCCUGGAGGACCCUUGGACGACCACUGGAGGACCCCUGAAGGACCCAUGGAAGACCACUGGAGAACCACUGGAGGACCACUGGAGGACCCCUGGAGGACUACUGGAGGACCCCUGGAGGGCUACUGGAGGACCACUGGAGAACCCCUGGAGGUCCCCUGGAGGACCUUUGUAG